AUGAACGCCGAUGGCCGAUGGAGUGGAGUGGAAACUUCUGAGCUCAUGUCAUGGGAUGUAUCUGCGCCUGAGGAAGAGGAAAAGGAGUCCGAGCAGCAACAGAUCUUAUACCCUACCGGCAGGGAGGUCAAGAAUUGCCUUGGCCUAGAAACCUUCGACUGCCAAGCGAUCACCACAGUCGACAGACACAACAAUCUUCAAACAUCAUUGUUGUCAACAUUAGCAGCACCAUUGAAUGCUCCAACACCCGCUGCAUCAGCGGUGGCAGCAACAGAAGCGCAGCAGCAGCGGCAGCAGCAGCCACAUGGCUUGAAAUAUAGCAAACUAAUUUUAUGGUUUUGCCACUUCGACGAUGACAACUAUGUCAAUGUGCCACGUCUGGUCAAGCUCUUGGACGAGUAUAGCCCUUCAGUGGAUUGGUAUUUGGGCAAGCCAAGCAUUUUUUCACCGUUAGAAAUACAUCUUGAAAGUUAUCCUACAACGUCACAGAAAAAUAAAACCCCCAGCGAAAAGAUAUCCUUCUGGUUUGCCACUGGCGGUGCUGGUUUUUGUUUGAGUCGAGCGCUUACAAUGAAAAUGUUGCCAAUUGCCGGUGGUGGGAAAUUCAUUAGUAUUGGCCGCAAAAUACGCUUCCCGGAUGAUGUCACCAUGGGCUUUAUAAUUGAACACUUGCUCAAGGUGCCACUGCGCAUUGUUGAGAACUUCCAUUCGCAUUUGGAGCCCAUGGAACACAUACGUCCAGACACUUUCCCAGAUCAAGUGUCCUUCAGUUAUGCGCAUAUGCGAAAUCAAUGGAAUGUCAUUAAAGUGGAUGGCUUCGAUUUGGCAAAGGAUCCGAAGCGUUUCUACUCGCUGCACUGCAAACUGUUUCCUUAUUUUAGCUUUUGUCCACCAAGAUGAUAAAUUCGCUGUAUGUUUUUAUUAA